UUUUAUUUGUCAAUCGCAAAACAACAUUGUUCGGUUUCAUAACAUUCUGGUUUAUCAAUUUUUCGCAUGCUAACUGGAAAUUAACUUGAAUUAUUAUUGUAUUUUCAUACUCCAAAACAAGUUAUUAGUAAAAAUAAAGAUGCGAAUUACGGGUGUUCUUCAGAAAAUCGGUGACGUAUCGAAAAAGUUUUCCAAUUUUCCAGAUUCGUAUAUUAAACGCAGCAUGGAGCAGGUGUAUUGGAAAACUCCCCGCGGUAAGCCACAAUACCUACCCCGCACAGUGGAGCGGAAACGAUUCCGUUUUACGACCAACCGCCCAUGGACGGGUCAGUUCCGGCAGCAGAACAUGCAGGGAACUAUUCGCAAGAAAGUGUUCGUUGAACCGGUGGAGAACUGGUCGUUCUUCAAAGGAGAUCGAGUGGAGGUGCUGGUCGGGAAAGACAAGGGAAAGCAGGGGAUAAUUAGUCAGGUGUUCCAAGAACGAAACUGGGUUAUGGUUACUGGUUUAAACUGUCAUUUUCGAACAGUAGCGGAAGAGAAAGAUUAUCCGGGAAUUACGAUUAAAUCGGAAGCCCCUUUGCUUGUUACCGAUCAAGUACGCUUGGUGGAUCCAUCGGAUCUUCAAGGAACGGGUAUCGAAUGGCGUUUUACGGAUGAUGGGGAAAAAGUACGCGUUUCAACGCGCACUGGCCGAAUAAUCCCGAUUCCGAAGAGCAACGAUGAGACGCACGAUUAUAAGGCGAAGAGUUUGUACGUGGAACGACCGAAGGAUACGGUGGCGGAUGUGGUGAAGGAGAUUACGUUUAAGCCAUCGCUUCAGACGUUCGAGAUGGAAAUCAUGAAAGAGAUGGGAAUCGAAGAAGACAGGAUACCUGUGAAGACUUACUGGUAUUAGAAUGGGUGAGUAGGUUUUUGUUUCUGCAUUAUUAGUUUGAAACGUUUAUUAAUAUAAUAGAUACUGUAACAAUGAGUACAAAAA